UUUUUUCUUACAGAGAAGUCACAUCGUCUCACAUUCCUCUCUGUCUCUCCAGGGACUCACAUCUUUCCAUAUGGAUUUCUAUAACUUUAGGGUUCCUUUGCUCAUCUUGGCAGCUCUCGGAGGAUGCUGUUCCCAAAACAGUCCGCUUCUGAACGACAAAACUAAUGGCGUUGUAGGUAAAAACGUAACCUUCCGAACAACAAUCACCUCAAGAUUGGAUUCUGUGACCAUAUCAUGGAAUUUUAUCAGCAAGGAUCAAAAGAUUUCAUCAAUUAUCACACACGCACCAAUGAGUAACAACACAAGAAUCGAUCAGAAUUACGCCAGCAGAAUCAGCUAUAAUGCGACAACAUGCGAGAUUCAGCUCAGAUCGCUGACGAAGGACGAUGAAGGGGAAUAUACGCUCCAAAUAAUCACUUCUGAUUUAACCCAACUGACAGGACAGGUUUAUCUUACGGUUCUUGAGCCUGUAACUGACGUGCAGAUUUUGUCCAAUCUCCCUGAAGCUGUAGAGUACAACAGCACAGUGGUUCUGACCUGCUCUGCCAAAGGCUCCUUUACUUACAAGUGGUUCAAUGGUUCGGUCCCUUUGGUGGUGGAUGGCACGCAUAUGAUCCUGAACCCAACCGGCAAGGAGCUAACUAUUACCGAAGUUCGCCGUACAGAUCUAAGAGGACCCAUCAUCUGCAUGGCAGAGAAUGCACUGGAGUCAGGGAAGAGCGCUCCCUUCAAUCUCACUGUGAGCUAUGGCCCUGAGAAAAUCUUCAUGAAGCAGACUCCAACUGAUCCAUUCCUUAAGAAAGGCUCUAACUUAACCCUCACAUGCUCUGCCGAUUCUGACCCUCCCGCUCAGCUCAAGUGGAUGUUUAAUGGGAAAGAUCUGCUUCAGCAGGCCAACAUCACCAUCAGCAAUUUAGACGAAAGUCACAGUGGCAACUAUAGCUGUGUUGCCAACAACGUGAAGACCAACCGCAAUGUUGUCUCAACUGUUGCUAUGGUGACUGUUCUGGAGGGCUUAUCCGGGACAAAAAUCUCCAGCUCCGCAUCACUUCUCAUCGCUGGCAACAGCACAGUCAACCUCACCUGCUCGGCAGCCGCUGGGACAGCUGAAACCGUGGAAUGGCUGAAGGACGGCAAACCUCUGACUCCUGGUGACCGUGUCACCCUUUCAGGCGACCAGAAAUCUCUGACGAUUGUUCGAGUUGUUAAAGAGGACAUGGGCGAGUACAAGUGCCUACUGAAGAACAAAGUGAACCAAGAUGAAGACAGCUAUAAGAUGGUGAUCAACUACGGUCCAGAGAACGUGAUGAUGAAAGGAAAGAAUGCGGUGAAGUUCGAAGAGGCUACAGUGAUUUCCUGCUCUGCGGAGUCUGUUCCUCCCAGUAUUUAUGCAUGGAAACUCAACGAUACAGUGAUGAACUUUACUCGGCCAAACUAUGCGAUUGAGAAGGCCAAAGCUACGGACAGUGGCACGUACACCUGCGAGGCACUCAAUCCAAUCACGGGAAUAACUAAAAAAUAUACGCACAAACUCGCAGUGACAGAGGUCGGUACAGUAGACGAGGGCCUAUCUGGAGGAGCCAUUGCUGGAAUUGUAAUUGCUGUGCUUCUGGCUGUGAUCAUCAUCGGUUGCAUUAUAAAAUGCAAGAGAAAAUCCGGCACAGAUAUUCCAUCUCCAUAUUAAAGCAAGACCUGGCAGUAAGGUGACCCGACUUGACUUCAAGACCAACCCUUCAGCCAUUUGUCUUUUUUAAUCUGCAAAAGGCAACUGGAAAAACUGCCCUCACAACUGACUUACACCUGCAGGUUUGGCCUUUUCAGGAGCUCAACGUGUUUUAAAAUGUCCAUUGUUUUUUGUUUUUGUUUUUUAUAUCUUUUUACCCUGUGCAAACGUACCCCAGUCUUAAAGACACGAUAGAGGACGGCGGUUAAACAGCGAGACUGUUUACCUUUAUCUGCAUCGCUUCCUUCCCUUGGCUGAAGUGGACAGCUUCCUUUGUUCCUCAAGAAACAUGAUACAGCCUCCAUCACCCUCUCAUUCCUUCAUCUGACCCUUAACCGACAGGUCGGUCGUCCUGGCUUGACGUCUCAGAGGUCAUUUUGAAAGAGCUGUAACGAAAUCCACCCUGAAAUGCACUGAGGGGUGACGAGACGGUCACGUGUUUGAGAUCUCAAAACACCCACAAGGCACUGAAACUUUGAGAUUUUAAGACCUGUUCAACAUGAUCGGAAGUCCCAAGGGCCGAAGGCACCGUUGAGUCGUGGCUGGAAGGUCAUUCGUGGCAAAGCGUGCCUUGGAGAUCAGAUCAUGUCUUUAAGCUUCUUAACGCCUUUUUUAAACCCUCAUAUUUUUUCUCUCUUAGUGAGCCAUACUCGUUUUAUUUGUAAAAGUAAGGCAAGCUCCCACAUGCUUGAACUGAGGAGCGGGAAGAAAAAAAACUGCAUUUCUGCGGACAACGACAUACCACAGUUUUGCAGCGAAAUUGCUACUCUGUCCUCGGGCGUCCCCACAAAGAUUCGUCCUGCAUAAUCAGGAUUCCUCUGGAUUCAUGGUCUAAAAAAAUCAACUUUCGUUGACACAGGAACAUCUGAAGUUUAAAACUGCAAAGUAUUUGUGUUAAUACGUUUAAGUUGCUUAUUGAGUUCCAGUAUGUGUGAAAUCUUUUUCUUCUUAUCAACAGAUAUCUGAUCCUAAUCCUUUUAAAGUUUCGUUUGUAACGGUGUUGCUCUUCGACCAAAGCAGUGAUCUGAUCUGGAUGAUCGUUUUGAUUUUGAUCAGAUCUCUCUAGAUAGAGAUUCCCAUUCAUUUGUAGAAAUUUCUAAGGUGAUCCCCUUGCUUUAUUUUAAGAGUUACGGUUACAGAAACGUGCAAAAAAACCUCUGCUCAUGGAUAUAUUCAAAUAUAUUUUGAAAUGUAUUUCAAAAUAUACAAAAAAAUGGCUAAAUUAAAUAAAAUGCUGAUAAAUAUAGUUAAUUUUAGCUUUUAUUUUGAGCCAUUUUUGUAUAUCGUCAGUCUCAAUAUAUUUAUAUUGUCCUAUACAUUAUAUAUUUGGACCCUUGAAAUACAUUUUAUGAUAUAUUUUAUCUCAAGUUCGAUAAAUAUAUUUCAUUAAUCCAUAUUUGAAAUAAAUAUUGGCCAGAAUGUUUAGCGCCCACUUCAGCAAAGACUAUUAGGUGUACAAUUUACAGUAUGUACUUUUCAGAUUGUUUUUCCAACCCUAUAUGUAUGUAAGUGCCAGCCAAAGCAAUCUUAACGUAUAUAUAUGUGCAAGUCGACAGCAAAAAUACACUAACACACAUUUAUUACAUAUAUUUGUACUCCAUUUUAGCAUUAAAACACAACUAUCAUAACAUUCUGAGCUUUAUAACUCCUUGCAAACCUGUAGACGGUUUUAUCUCCGUAUGUUUUAGCGGUUUGGGCUGUUUGCAUGGAGAGACCGGUAAUCAUACGAGUCUGACCACAGAUACACUGAAUUAACGUUUUUGUACUGUCACAGUGUGGAGACAGGAUUAGAUGGAAACGUCUUAUCCAUGUGUUCUUUGUUACAGAUAUGUUUUCAUAUAGACUAGAUAGAAUUUAAAAUUAAAUUGGAUAAUGUCAAAUAUUGUUGUUGUGCAGGACCGUUUUUGUUCAGUGCUUUAAAGUUAUUUGAAGUUACCAAUUUUUUUUUUUUUUUUUUUUUUUUUUGAGGUGACGCACUGGUUAUUUUUGAGUAAAAUACAAUGCACAUGCAGUGGUGCAUUCCAAUCAAUAUAUUCUCAGGUUUUGUUUACAGGGUGUUUAUAUUCUCUCAAAAUGACCAUCAGUCAUGUUUUGUAUUUUCUCAAUGUUGCUUUGAAUAUAAUUUAUUUUCAAAUGUUUUGCUUUUAUGUACUGUAACUGUUAUAUAUAUGUUUAAAAAAAGAUUGUUUUAACUGCCCCACUUUUUCUUGCCAUUCACUGAAUAAUAAGAAAAAUAAUUAUUGUAAAACUUAUUGUAAUUAAAUUUGACGUUUUCUACACCCAUUUUCGUUAGCUUUCUUUGAGGCCUCCAGAAAUAAAUGAUUCCUUGAACGUGUUAAA